AGUCAACAGACCGUGUAAGUUUACCUGGAGAUAAAACGGAGACUUGACUAGCUCUUGAUAGCAGUUGGCUUUUAUCUCCAGUGAUCUAGCAAUCAUCAAGUCAAGGCACAAGAACAAGCCUCACAAGCUACAACAGCAACAGAACUCAGUGCCAUAACUACCUUAUCAACAUGUCUUCGCCAGUUCGUUAUCAGUUCCUCCCUGGGCCGGUGGGAGAAAUGCUCCGCUCCUCGUCACUCGCAACAGCCGCCACAGUUCCGCUAUCAGGCUCUCUGGUCAUAACUACAGGCCAUGUCGGGGUAGACAUCAAAACAGGUCAACUCGUCACCAGCUCUACAGAAGCGGAGUUCAACGCAGUGUUUGACUGUCUUGACGCAGCGCUGAAGAAUGCGGGCGUUACCAAGGGUCUUGGUUCAGCUCAUAAGCUCGUUGCUUACUUUACCCGAGCUGAGGAUGAGGCAACUCUGCUUAGCAUCUUUCGCGAACGGUAUCCGGGGCAUACUCCGACUUUGACCUCGGUUGUUGUGGCUGGUCUUGUUAAUCCCGGGAUGCAUGUUGAGGUCCAAGCGGAGGCGAUCGCUAUCUAGAGAUGCGUGAAAGAGAUGAUGCUUGUGGAUCAACGGAUAGAAGGAAGGGAAAGGAACUGGCGGACUAGCUACAAUGAGUACACAGUAAUGUCUGAGAAUGGAGAGUUCAAUAACAACAACUGAUACGCAAUACACAAUGAC